AUGGAUGAACCCAAGGAGAUGCCUACCAAAUCAAUCUUCCGCGAAGUGCGGGACUGGUUCCGGGCUCGGACAAGACGAGAGCUUAUAGCUAUGGGUCUUGGAGCAGCUCUAGCAACCUUUACCACCAUUGUCGUAGUUCGUCGAUACCGCGAGGCACCUCCGGAACCUGUGGUCCCGGUCCCAACACGACUUAUCGCUACUACUCCACCCCAUAGGAUCAGGUCUCUUCCUCCACCUCCCGUAAGUGGAGCUUCAAAAGCGACCAGACUUCCAAGUGCCCCUCCAGUGACAAAGACAAGUGUACCCGAAAAGGUCCAGGUAGACAAGGGUUCCAUUUCAAGACCACAACCUGCUAGGAGAAGGAAUAGAAGUAUGUCGAGAACUGGAACCAAAGAAGGUAUUAAAACUGCUCAAAAUGUCCCCAGCAAGGAAGGUAUGAAGACUGCGCAAGAUAUGGCCACGGCUCGUAAAGACACCUCUGGUAUGAAAACAGCGAGGGAAGAAAGAAAGAAGUAA